AAAAAAAAUAAUGUCUGACGAUGAUGACACCGCUUUUAUUUAUAAGAUCAAAUAUAAUAAAUAAUGUUGUCAAAUAUUUCCUCCAUCGCUUCCUCCUCAUCCUCCUGCCGGCUGCUCCUUCCUUGUUGUGUUGCCAUGACAACCUGCCAAGGUGUCAUUUGCACGCCUCGACUGAGUCAGGCCGGGACAUCAUCCUCUGUGUGUGUGUGUGUGUGUGUGUGUGUACUAGAAUGAUGUGUAAUUAACCUUCCUAAUGUCAGGGAGGAUUAUAAUUCCAUGCGGAUUAGCGACGGGCAGGGCGUCGAGUGUUUGUCACGAGUCAAAGAGAUGAAAGCGUGCGGUUUACGAUCCCGGCGUAAUGACAGAUCGCCAUCGGCACGGAGGAGCCUUCUGCUGACUUGUUAAGACCGACUAAAUGUCAGCCAGUCCGGAUAAAGAAAGACGUCUUUCCCUCUUCAUAGCCACUCCGAGAUUGUUUGCUUGAUUAGCAUGUACGUAUAUGGAGGCUAGGGAUCUUCCCAUCAGGGUUUGAUGCCGCUGAUACCGAUAUCAAUGAGUGAAAUCGAUCGAUAUCAAUACCAGUAUCAUCACCGAUAUGCAGUAUAAAUGUUUAAAUGUACUACCGGCUAAUGUAUGCGUCACCAAGGUCAACAUUUAGCAAAAUGCUUGUUUUACCAGAACACAAACAAAAUUUGAACACCUUUUGCUUCUCGGUAAUUGUGCGAAAUAUUAUUGUUAAUAAUCAAAAAAAAAAUUUUGACCGUUUUUUAAUGAAAUAUUGUCAUGAGAGGUGUAAUUCACAUUUCAACCACUAGCUGGUACUAAAGUAUAGCGUACCUCCGUGAGCCACGGGUUUGAAAUAUAUACCAUAUAUGUAUUGAUGGGCGGCACGGUGGUCGAGUGGUUAGUGCGCAGACCUCACAGCGAGGAGACCAGGGUUUGAUUCCACCCUCGGCCAUCUCUGUGUGGAGUUUGCUGGCCACCAGUCCAAAGACAGCUGGGAUAGGCUCCAGCACCCCCGCGACCCUCGUGAGUAAAAAGUGGUUGAAAAUGAAUGAAUGAAUGGUUAUGUAAACAUGGAACCUACCAAAAGAAAGAAACUACCCUUUUAUGUCCAUGUAGAACAUAGGUAAGUUUCAGGAAAAUAUCAGUUCCCAACUAAAAAAAAAGUAAAAAUUUCAAGCAUAACUUUCACUUUGGGCUGCAUGGUGCUCGAGUGGUUAUCGCGCAGACCUCACAGCUAGGUGACCCGAGCUCAAUUCCGCCCAUCUCUGUGUGGAGUUUGCAUGUUCUCCCCGUGCAUGCGUGGGUCUUCUCCGGGUACUCCGGUUUCCUCCCACAUUCCAAAAACAUGCUAGGUUAAUUAGCCACUCCAAAUUGUCCAUAGGUAUGAAUGUGAGUGUGAAUGGUUGUUUGUCUAUAUGUGCCCUGUGAUUGGCUGGCCACCAGUGGCUGACCCUUGUGAGGAAAAAGUGGUAGAAAAUGAAUGAAUGAAUGGUUAUGUAAACAUGGAACCUACCAAAAGAAAGAAACUACCAUUUUAUGUCUUUGUAGAACAUAGGUAAGUUUCAGGAAAAUAUCAGUUCCCAACUAAAAAAAAAAAAAAAAAGGAGUAAACAUUUUAAACAUAACUUUCACUUUGGGCUGCACGGUGGUCGAGUGGUUAGCACACAUACCUCACAGCUUGGAGACCUGAGUUCAAUUCCACCCAUCUCUGUGUGGAGUUUGCAUGUUCUCCCCGUGCAUGCGUGGGUUUUCUCCGGGUACUCUGGUUUCCUCCCACAUUCCAAAAACAUGCUAGACUAAUUAGCAACUUGUCCGUGGGUAUGAAUGUGAGUGUGAAUGGUUGUUUGUCUAUAUGUGCCCUGUGAUUGGCUGGCCACCAGUCCAGGGUGUACCCCGCCCUCUCGCCCUAAGACAGCUGGGAUAGGCUCCAGCACCCCCCUGUAGAAAAUGAAUGACUGAAUAACCGUAUUGAAUGUUUGCAUUUCUUUUGCAAUGUAGCAAGCGACGCCGUCUCUGGGCACGCAUCGUUUUGUUUAUAUUUAAAUUCCCGACCAAACACCUCAGUCGGGAUGAAGGCUAUGUUUUUUUUUUUUCCAGUUAAGAACGAAGAAAGUCCCUGUCGCCGGUGUUCAUGCGCUCACAUUGAAAGCGAAACAUUCCCACACACGGGCCGUCGGUUGUGGCGUUCGCCUGAAGAACCCUCGCUUCUGUGCUUUCAUUCACAAAGAGCCUGAAUGAGAUGAAGUCUCACUCUCUCCGUUCUUUCCACAGUAGAUGCAAUGCGCACAGAUUCAAUUAUAUUAUGCAUCCAUUCUGCUGUUUUUAAAUAACAUAAACAACAAUAACAACACUGCAAAAACGCCAGUCACAGAUCCUCGAUAGAACAGGAGCGCUUUGCUAUUCUUUACAUUUGUUUUUCUCUUUUCUUCUUUUUUUCUUUUCUCUCAUUUUUCUCUCUUUUGGAAAGAACCGUUGUAUAAAAUAACAUUACUUCAGUCAUUUUAGACGUUGUUUUCUACACCCUUGUAUUAGCAAGUUGGUCAAUACAAUUUAAAUACUGUAUAUCAGGGCUAUCCAACAUGCAGCCCCGGGACUAUUUGGUGUACGUUGCUGUUUGUUUAUUGGUCCGCGGACAGUCUAAAAAUAUGAAUUAACAAGAAAACCAGCAAAAAUAGAAAAAAAGCAUUUAUUUUACAAGAAUAAAGUCAAAAAAUAUUACGAGAAAAAUGUUGUAACGUGAGGAAAAAUAACAUCACUUUAGUUGCAUGAAGCUGAAAUAUUAAAGCAAAAAGAGAAGAGAAGAAAAAUUGAAGUCGUCUGAGAAAAAAAGGUCAAAUCAAAAUACAAAAAGGAUGUAAUUAAACAAGAAUAAACUGUCACAAUUUUAUGACAAUAAACUCAUUAUAUUAUAAUAUUAUAUAUAUAGUUUUUAAGCACCCACUGCCAAAAUGAUCAUCAAAGAUACUCUUAUAUGAUUGGAGCAUUUUGCUGUUUUUGAGCACCGACUGCAAAAACACCAGUCAAAGAUCCUCUAUGGAAAUGUCGCGUUCUGAUGUUUUUAGGAACCUACUGCAAGUCGCCACUCCUCCCCACCCUAGCCAGAGAUUCUUUAUAUGACAAUAACACUCUGCUGUUUUUAAGCACCAACUGCAAAAACAGUCAAAGAUCCUCUAUAUCAAAGUAGUGAUGUGUUAUUUUUUAAGAAUUUAUCUGCAAAGAAACAUCCUAGUAAUAAACAUCCUAGGUCUUCUUCCGGGGGAUCUAUCUGUUUGUGUGGAGGGCUCCAAAGUGUGAAGACGCGCGAUGCGGUUCGAUACGGCGAAAGGAUACUGUGCCGCCAGUGCUAUUUGUGGCUGUGUAAACGGUUGCCUAGGCGACAGCUGGCAGGGUGCCGAGCAGGAGAAGCCCAGACAGAUAGACUGACAGAAAAAAAAAAGAAAAAAAAAGAGUAGAGAUAUAUGAAAAACAUUGAAAUGGGAAAUAUUUGGAGGGUUCUUAGCUGUGCUUUUAGCCGUGGCGUUGUGGUUUGUGUCGGUCUGAAGGCUCCAUUACUUUGAAUGUGACUGCCUGCAAUCGCACAAUGGAUAAAUCGCAUCCGUCCUUAUCUGGUUUGGGUCCAUUUGCAGUAAAGUGCUUCUAGUGCUUUGCUGUGGGCAAUCUAACUAUUGUUUUAUCUACCCCCCCCCCCCCCCCCCCUCACCCUCCAUCACUAAUGGCCCGGUACCAACAUACACUUUGGGGCAGAAAAUGUGUCUGUCGCUAAUGUUUGGAUAUCUGUAUUGUUGGCUACAAUAACAAGCUUCUGCCAUUUUCCUAAUUUGGAUCACAAAUUGUACAGCUUUAUCGAGACACGCCUCCUAAAUAUGCAAAUUAGUUCUCCAUAGGAUGUAAGGAAAUAGUAAAUAAAUAAAUGAUGACGCCACACACAUUCACAUCCAUAAUCGACUGUCAAUAAUGCAAUCGAAGUAGUGGUGAACAUGACAGGAUAAAUCAGGUUUUGUGUGUGUGUAUGUGUGUACAAUGCUGCCCUCAAGUGUCCACAAAGCGAACCUACACCCCGGGCUCAAUACGUGCUUUAAGGCCACGAGAGGGAGCCGGACACCACAGCAAAACUGCUGCUCAGCGUCGAUAAAAAAAACACGAUUGUUUUUUUUUUUAAACAUUUAAUUCCGUAACGCAAACAGAGUUGUUGUCGUGAUGUUGUUUUCCCUCAACGUCAAAGAAAUCCAACACGUAGAGGGUACACUUUGUCCCUCUUCGAGCCUAUUCAUCUUUGUGUUAUUGUCAGUUCAUGGGCGGGAUUUUCCGUUCCAAGUAGCCAAUCACUGCCCUCGGACAGUCCAUACGAGCCAAUAGGAACCCUUUAGCGGAGGUCACGUGCUGCCUCCAUGCUGCUAGGAUGUUUAUAUUAGGAGGGCUGCAGUUAUGAGCUCAUCGUGUACACACGCACCCACACGCACGCGCAAACAUUUAAAAAAAAAAAAUCAACAAAACAUUGGCUUUCUUUCGAAGAACAUCUUGUUAUUAAAACCAUCUUCUUUCUUGCUGGAGGCAACCAAUGAGAUUUAUGGGAAGCCUGGAGAGCAGCUAAUUGCAUUGGCAUCACAAUAGUAGCCCCCAGCUAACCUCCACUUAAUCCAGCAUAUAUCAAUUAAUCAUGAAUAAUGCAUGAUGACCGCAUGAAUAAAUAAUCCCGUUGAUUUACAGCAGCUGCAGAUUUUGCCACAUUUGGCACAUUUUCUUCUUAGCAACUGAUAUCGCUAGCCAACAAUACCAUGAUGGGUCGUAAGGCCAAUCAAAAUAUGACAUAUCCGACUGUAAUAUUGUAUUAAUAAUACAAAACAGUAGUCAAACAUUGUCAUAUUACUGUAGCAUGUUAGCAACCUCUGUAAAAACAGCAGUUUUUUUACAGUGUUUUGUUGUUUUUGAGGACCAAAAAUGCUACUCAAAGAUCAUCUUUACGGCAGGAGUGAAAAAACCUAGUCAAAGAUCCUCUAUAUAAGAGUAGCGUUAUACUUUGUUUUUUAGGACCUAGAGCAAAAAUGCUACUCAAAGAUCAUCUUUAUGGCAGGAGUGAUCUGCUGUUUUUAGGGAUCAACUGCAAAUAAAAAACCUAGUCAAAGAUCCUCUAUAUAAAAGUAGCAUUAUACUUUGUUUUUUUUAGAACCUAGAGCAAAAAUGCUACCCAAAGAUCAUCUAUAUGGCAGGAGUGAUCUGCUGUUUUUAGGGAUCAACUGCAAAUAAAAAACCUAGUCAAAGAUCCUCUAUAUAAAAGUAGCAUUAUACUUUGUUUUUUUAGAACCUAGAGCAAAAAUGCUACCCAAAGAUCAUCUACAUGGCAGGAGUGAUCUGCUGUUUUUAGGGAUCAACUGCAAAUAAAAAACCUAGUCAAAGAUCCUCUAUAUAAAAGUAGCAUUAUACUUUGUUUUUUUAGAACCUAGAGCAAAAAUGCUACCCAAAGAUCAUCUAUAUGGCAGUGAGUGAUCUGCUGUUUUUAGGGAUCAACUGCAAAUAAAAAAACUAGUCAAAGAUCCUCUAUAUAAAAGUAGAGUUAUGCUUUGUUUUUUAAGACCUAUAUAAAAUGCUACUGCAAAAAAAACCUAGUCAAAGAUCCUCUAUAUUCAAGUAGUGUUAUGUUUUGUUCUUUGGGACCUAUAUAAAAUGCCAAUCAAAGAUCAUCUUUAUGGCAGGAGUGGUCUGCUGUUUUUAGGGAUCUAUGGGGAAAAAAUCUAGUCAAAGAUCCUCUAUAUAAAAGUAGAGUUAUGCUUUGUUUUUUAAGACCUAUAUAAAAUGCUCCUGCAAAAAAAACCUAGUCAAAGAUCCUCUAUAUUGAAGCAGUGUUAUGUUUUGUUCUUUAGGACCUAUAUAAAAUGCCAAUCAAAGAUCAUCUUUAUGGCAGGAGUGGUCUGCUGUUUUUAGGGAUCUAUGGGGAAAAAUCUAGUCAAAGAUCCUCUAUAUAAAAGUAGAGUUAUGCUUUGUUUUUUAAGACCUAUAUAAAAUGCUACUGCAAAAAAAACCUAGUCAAAGAUCCUCUAUAUUCAAAUAGUGUUAUGUUUUGUUCUUUAGGACCUAUAUAAAAUGCCAAUCAAAGAUCAUCUUUAUGGCAGGUGUGGUCUGCUGUUUUUAGGGAUCUAUGGGGAAAAAAUCUAGUCAAAGAUUCUCUAUAUAAAAGUAACGUUAUGCUUUGUUUUUUAGGACCUAGAGCAAAAAUGCUACUCAAAGAUCAUCUUUAUAGCACGAGUGGUGUGCUGUUUUUAGGGAUCUACUGCAAAAAAAUCUAGUCAAAGAUCCUCUAUAUUAAAGUAGAUUUCUACUGUUUUGAGGACCGAAUGCUGGUCAAAGAUCCUCCAUGUAAAAGGAUUUGAAUUUGACCUUGGAGGAAGUGCACGGCAUUCUGAAGCACAAUUGCUGGGAAAUGACUGGGAAUUGAUCCUCACAGAAUUCCGUGAGGAGUCACACGGGACACUUUUUAGAGCGCCGUCCGUCCUCCGUCACCUCCAGACGCUCCUUCUUUAUUUAAAUGUCUGAUGGUUCCAUCAUAAGCCAUGUCCCAGCUGCUCCCUUGCUCCUCCUCCUCCUCCUCGUCCUCCUCCCCCCCGCUCCCUCCCUCAACCUCCUUUCCGCCGCCGUUCCCGUCCUCGAUCAUACGUCCCAUGGAGUCGUGGAGGAUGGGUCAGGUGCUCGUUGCGGGGCCGUGCAUGGGGACCAGACCAGUCCACCGCUCCUCUUGAGCCCCUCCAUGGAUCUGUGGAUCUCCACUAGGAUGGUUUUACGCCUCUUCCCUGCAGCCUUGCUCAUGGAUGCUAUUUGGGAAUCAUUCUAAAAGCGGGAACACCCACCCCCCCCCCCCCCCCCACCACCACCACCACCACCACCCCUAUCUUUGCAUCCAGGAAGAGCAUUUUGAGCAGGAGCAUCAAAUUCCAUUCCAGCUCCGACCUGCGAGGGGCAGCCUGGGACUAAAGUCCAGCAAGUGUCCGGGUGGGGGCGGGGGUGUUGGUGUUGGGGCAAGGAAGCUUAAUUAGCGGGAGACGAUCGCUCCCACCUGUGAGGAUUUAAACCGGCAGCAUGGCGCACGCCGCCUCGCAGCUGAAGAAGAAGGCGGACGAGAACCUGGUGGCCGCCGAGGAGGAGCGGGAGAAGGAGAGGAAGAGGGGCAAGAAGCGGCCUCGUGAUGUCAAGAAAAAGACUGACGUCAACGCCUGCUACCUACGAGCAGCUCGCGCCGGCAACUUGGAGAAGGCGCUGGACUACCUGAAGAAUGGUGUGGACAUCAACAUUUGCAAUCAGAACGGCCUGAACGCGCUGCACCUGGCCUCCAAGGAGGGUCACGUGGAGGUGGUGGCCGAGCUCCUCCAGCAGGGCGCCAACGUGGAUGCCGCCACCAAGAAAGGCAACACCGCCCUGCACAUCGCGUCUCUGGCCGGCCAGACGGAAGUGGUGAAGGAGCUGGUCAGUCACGGAGCCAACAUCAAUGCUCAGUCGCAGAAUGGCUUCACGCCGUUGUACAUGGCGGCGCAGGAGAAUCACCUGGACGUGGUGCAGUUCCUGUUGGACCACGGCGCCAGUCAGAGCAUCGCCACCGAGGACGGCUUCACCCCCCUGGCGGUGGCGCUGCAGCAAGGCCACGACCAGGUGGUGUCGCUCCUCCUGGAGAACGACACCAAGGGCAAGGUGCGCCUCCCUGCGCUGCACAUCGCCGCCAGGAAAGACGACACCAAGGCCGCCGCCCUCCUGCUGCAGAGCGACCACAACGCCGACGUGGAGUCCAAGAUGAUGGUGAAUAGAACAACAGAGAGCGGCUUCACGCCUCUCCACAUCGCCGCUCACUACGGGAACAUCAACGUAGCGACGCUGCUGCUCAACAGAGGCGCCGCCGUGGAUUUCAAGGCACGGAACGACAUCACGCCGCUGCACGUGGCCUCCAAGCGUGGGAACGGCAACAUGGUGCGGCUUCUGCUGGAGAGAGGAGCCAAGAUAGACGCGCGGACUAAGGACGGUCUGACGCCGCUCCACUGCGGCGCCAGGAGCGGCCACGAGCAGGUGGUGGAGAUGUUGCUCAACAGGGGCGCCCCCAUCCUCUCCAAGACCAAGAACGGGCUGUCGCCGCUCCACAUGGCAACGCAGGGCGACCACCUCAACUGCGUCCAGCUGCUGCUGCAUCACGACGCGCCCGUGGACGACGUCACCAACGACUACUUGACGGCGCUGCACGUGGCCGCCCACUGCGGACACUACAAGGUGGCCAAGGUCAUCGUGGAUAAAAAGGCCAACCCCAACGCCAAGGCCUUGAAUGGUUUCACGCCGCUGCACAUCGCCUGCAAGAAGAACCGGGUCAAGGUGAUGGAGCUCCUCCUGAAGCACGGCGCCUCCAUCCAGGCCGUCACUGAGUCCGGCCUGACUCCCAUCCACGUUGCGGCGUUCAUGGGACAUGAAAACAUCGUCCACCAGCUCAUCAACCACGGAGCUUCGCCCAACACCAGCAAUGUGAGAGGCGAGACUGCUCUCCACAUGGCUGCAAGGGCGGGACAAUCCAAUGUGGUCCGGUAUUUGGUCCAGAAUGGCGCACGAGUCGACGCCAAGGCCAAGGACGACCAGACGCCGCUCCACAUCUCCAGCCGUCUGGGCAAGCAAGACAUCGUCCAGCAGCUUCUGACCAACGGAGCGUCGCCCGACACGACCACCAGCUCGGGUUACACGCCGCUUCAUCUGGCCGCCCGUGAGGGACACCGUGAGGUGGCGGCGGUGCUCCUGGACCACGGGGCCACUUUGGGCAUCACCACCAAGAAGGGCUUCACUCCUCUUCAUGUGGCGGCAAAGUACGGCAAGAUGGAGGUGGCCAACCUUCUCCUGCAGAAGAACGCCGAGCCAGACGCUGCCGGGAAGAGUGGACUAACUCCACUGCAUGUGGCCUCGCACUACGAUAACCAGAAGGUGGCGCUGCUGUUGCUCAAGCAGGGAGCUUCGCCGUAUGCCGCUGCCAAGAACGGUUACACGCCGCUCCACAUCGCCUCCAAGAAGAACCAGAUGGAGAUCGCCACCACGCUGCUGGAGUACGGCGCCUCCACCAACAGCGUGACGCGGCAAGGCAUCACGCCGCUGCACCUGGCCGCCCAGGAAGGCCACGUGGACGUGGUGACGCUGUUGCUGGCGCGAGACGCUCCGGUCAACACCGGCAAUAAGUAUGGUUUGACGCCUCUCCAUCUGGCCGCCCAGGAGGAUAAAGUCAACGUGGCCGAAGUUCUUGUCAACCACGGGGCCACCGUAGACCCCGAGACCAAGUUGGGCUACACCCCCCUCCACGUGGCCUGCCACUAUGGCAACGUGAAGAUGGUCAACUUCCUGCUGAAAAACCAGGCCAAGGUCAACGCCAAGACCAAGAACGGCUACACGCCUCUUCAUCAGGCCGCGCAGCAGGGACACACCCACAUCAUCAACCUGCUGCUGCAUCACGGGGCCUCGCCCAACGAACUCACCACGAACGGGAACAGCGCGCUGUCCAUCGCCAGGAGACUGGGCUACAUCUCCGUGGUGGACACGCUCAAGGUCGUCACGGAGGAGACGCUGACCACUCAGACGGUGACGGAGAAACACAAGAUGAACGUUCCGGAGACCAUGAACGAGGUGUUGGACAUGUCGGACGACGACGUCUGUAAGGCCAAUGUUCCCGAAAAGAUCACAGAGGACUAUUUGUCUGAUGUUGAUGAAGAGAUGGAUUGUGGGAAUGUCUGCAUCAGCUACUCCUGUGACGACGCAAUGACGGGGGACACGGACAAGUACCUGGCCCCCCAGGACCUGCGGGAGCUGGGCGACGACUCGCUGCCCCAGGAGGGGUACAUGGGAUUCAGCGUGGGCGCUCGCUCGCAGAGCCUGCGUUCCUUCAGUUCUGAUAGGUCCAACACGCUCAACCGCAGCUCCUUCACGCGGGACAGCAUGAUGAUCGAGGAGAUGCUGGCGCCCAGCAAGGACGUGAUGCUCUGUAAGGAAAAGUGUUUCCCUGUGGAACACCACAAGCGCUUGGCGAUGGCCAAAGACUCUGACAACGACUCCUUGAGGAGGUACAGCUGGACGCCAGACGCCAUGGACAACGUCAACCUCGUCUCCUCGCCGGUACACUCUGGUUUUUCCUCUCCGCUCCCGCAGUACGACAGCAGGUUCCUGGUCAGCUUCAUGGUGGACGCCAGGGGCGGCUCCAUGAGAGGAAGUCGUCACAACGGUAUGCGUAUCAUCAUCCCGCCCAGGAAGUGCACGGCACCGACGCGGAUCACCUGCCGUCUGGUCAAGAGGCACAAGCUGGCCUCGCCGCCCCCCAUGGUGGAGGGGGAGGGUCUGGCCAGCAGGCUGGUGGAGGUCGGCCCGGCCGGAGCUCAAUUCCUGGGUAAGCUACAUCUUCCCAGACAGCCGCCAGCUCUUAAUGAAGGCGAGAGCCUGGUUAGUCCAGUGCUCCAGCUGGGACCCAGAGGAACUAGAUUUGUUGGGCCCGUCAUAGUGGAGAUCCCCCACUUUGGAUCCAUGCGGGGGCAGGAGAGAGAACUCAUCCUCCUGCGAAGUGAGAACGGAGAAACCUGGAAGGAGCAUCUGUACGACUGUAAGACCGAGGACCUGCGUCAGCUCCUCAAUGGGAUGGAUGAAGAACUGGACAACACCGAGGAGCUGCAGAAGAAAAGGAUCUGCCGCAUCAUCACCAAAGACUUCCCUCAGUACUUUGCCGUGGUGUCCCGGAUAAGGCAGGAAACCCAUCAGAUGGGACCCGAGGGUGGGACGCUCUGCAGCCGGAGUGUCCCGUCAGUUCAGGCCUCCUUUCCGGAGGGGGCGUUAACCAAGAAGAUCAAGGUUGGACUGCAGGCCCAGCCUGUCCCGGACGAGACCGUGAAAAAAAUCCUUGGCAACCGAGCCACCUUCAGCCCGAUUGUGACGGUGGAACCCCGAAGGAGGAAGUUCCAUAAGCCCAUCACCAUGACAAUCCCGGUUCCACCUCUCUCGGGGGAGGGGCUUUCCAAUGGAUAUAAAGGAGACUGCACUCCAUGCCUCCGCCUUCUUUGCAGCAUCACAGGUGGUACGUCGCCGGCACAGUGGGAAGACAUCACGGGCACGACUCCCCUCACCUUCGUCAACGACUGCGUCUCCUUCACGACCAACGUCUCUGCCAGGUUCUGGCUCGCUGACUGCCACCAGAUCCCGGAGACGGUGGGCUUGGCCUCGCAGCUGUACAGGGAACUGAUCUGCGUGCCCUACAUGGCCAAGUUUGUGGUCUUUGCCAAGAUGAACGACCCGGUGGAGUCCAGGCUCAGGUGCUUCUGUAUGACGGACGACAAGGUGGACAAGACUUUGGAACAGCAGGAGAACUUUGAGGAGGUGGCCAGGAGCAAAGACAUCGAAGUUCUGGAAGGUCGGCCCAUUUACGUGGAUUGUUACGGCAACUUGGCUCCUCUGACCAAAAGUGGUCAGCAGUUGGUCCUAAACUUCUACGCCUUCAAGGAGAACCGGUUGCCAUUCUGCGUCAAGGUUCGAGACCCCAGCCAGGAGCCGUGCGGCCGUCUCAGCUUCCUCAAAGACUCCAAGAGCACAAAAGGCCUUCCGCAAACGGCCGUGUGCAACCUGAACAUCACGCUUCCCGCCGCCAGAAAGGAAAUGGAGUCAGAUGCCGAGGAUGAGACUGAAAAGCCCGAGCGACGUCAUACCUUUGCAUCUCUAGCCUUACGUAAGCGCUACAGCUAUCUGGCCGAGCCUGCACUGAAAACAGCAGCUGAGCGAAGCGCAGCAGCAAGAACACUGCCUGCUGGUCACCCUCACAAACCUGUCUUUCCAGCCAGACCUCACCCAUCAUGGCCGACUGCUCCUAUUACCGUCCCUGGCCAAGCAAGGCUCGGCGGAGUGGGGGGUGUCGCCGCCGCUGCCGCCGAUUCACCGGCAGGCUCAGCAGCUGCUUCUCCACUGAAAUCCCCUUGGCCCUUUUCCCCGUCUCCUGCAUGUUCUGCACCUAUUAGAUCCACCGCCGCCACGGGAUCUCCACUUCAAGCACCUAACCAGUCGAUGCCCUCGUCCCCUUUGAGGUCUUACAGGACUAUGCCGUCACCUAUUAAAACCGUUGUACAGCAAGGUCAGUAUCCGGUCCAGGCAUCUGCCAGCCUGGUGUCCUCUGGAAGUCCGUGUAAGCCUGCCACGGAUCCCGCGUCCAUCAAAAGUAUCGCUUCUGCGUACGCUUUAAGGACCUCCCCAAUUCACUCGAUACCCAACGGUUAUGCGGCGGAUAAGUCGUCAGCCCCGGUAUCACCAAAGACCUCGUAUAAUAUUUACAGUUCUGGUGUGCCAGGAGCACCAAAGAGCAUCUCCAGCCUGUCCUCUUUGAAAACCUCUUCCGAUUCAAUCCAACGAGGAACAAAGUCAUCCCUGUCGUCUGUGUCCUCCGCUGGAAGGACGACCAUCGCCUCAUCGGAAUUGUCCGCAAUGAACGGAAACGUCUCACCCGUCAAACAUCCGACAUCCUCGUCCACGCCCUCUUCACCGUCUUCUCGGCUCCUGUCGGAGAGGAGCUGCAGCCUUCAGGAGAGGAUCCAAGCCACCACGCAGGCGGCCACGUCCGGCAUCAGCGCCGCCAUAAACGAAGCCAUCGACUCGUGCUCCGCGUCGGGUUACGCCACUCUUAAAUCGCUGUCUUCUCCUCGUAGAUCUGCCCCAGCGAGCUCUGCUUACGCUUCUCUGAGAUCUGCAGCUGCCUCGCCGGGUCCGCCGGUUUCCUCGAAUACGGUCACCGUCCCCGUUUAUUCGUUGGUCAACGUCAUGGUAGAGACCCCCGUCAAACCGGGACCGGGGUCUCUCAAAAUGGCGUUUCCCGAUUCCCCUCGUGCCUCGUCUUCUUCUUCCGUGUCGUCCUGCGUUACUUCCUCAAAAAUCAAGUCCCAGUUGAAAUCGCCUCCCUUCAUCACUCCCCCCAUCGUUCAUCGUGCCGCAGCUUCCAACCAGGAAAUACUGAAAGACGUAGCCGACAUGAAGGAGGACCUCAUGAGGAUGACCGCCAUCUUACAGACGGACACGCAGACGGCAGCUAAAACUGUCCAAACUUCUCUCACCAGCACCCCUCAGGAGACCAAGUUAGAUGACGAGGAGCCAUAUACUCUGGUGGAGAAAGUCAAAGAAGACUUGGUGAAAGUCAGUGAGAUCUUACAGAAGGACAUCGUGAGUGACGGCAAGGCUAAAGGAAGAGUCGUCGAGGAGGACGGCUGGGAGGAAUUUUCCACGGAUGAAAUCGCGGAAGCCCAAAGAAGCGUCCUCUCUCACGAGGAGGACACACAUCGGCUGAACGACCUCGAACUGGCGAGAGUGGUUGACUUUUUAACGAACGACAUUGGCGCUAGCUCUCUUUCCAAAAUGGCGGAACUGAAAAGUCGAUACGAGGAGGAGGCCAAAGGGGACAGGGAAGAGAAACAAAAACGUGUCCUGAAACCAUCCAUGACGAUACAGGAGCAUAAGUUAAAAAUGCCUCCUCCCGUCUCAGGAAUGCUCAGAUCUCCGUCAGAGAAGGACCUAAGCAAGCUUGCUGAGUCAUAUCAGGGUGGAGACACCAUUCUGGAAUCUCCAGAGGAGCUCUCUCACGAGCAGGACAAGAGCCCUCUGUCCGACAGCGGCUUUGAGACCAGGAGUGAAAAGACUCCUUCUGCUCCCCAAAGCGCAGAAAGCACAGAUCCCAAACCUUUGUUCACCGAUGCCCCCAUCCCACCAAGUGUCACGGAGAGCAGAUCCGAGGUGGGUCAGAUUCAAAGUUACGAGCAGCCUUACGAUGAACCGGUUCUCAGGGACGAGUCUGCGUCUGAUCUUCCUUCAACGAGCUCAACCUCAGCCGUCCACGUGAAAGUUCCCGAGGAGGACUCGAUGAGCGUGUGUCUAAAAGAAGAAACUCACAUCACGACCACGACUCGAAUGGUCUAUCACAAACCUCAGAUCCCUGAUGGCGCCGAGGUGAUUGAGGAAGCCAUGUCAGUCCGAGACAUCAUGAAAGCCUUCCAGUCCGGUAGAGACCCGUCCAAAGAACUUGCAGGGCUCUUUGAACACAAAGCCAGUCAGGACUCUGUCAAGGGUGAUGAGCUUUCUCCUAGGUUCCUUGACAGAGACACUAAAUCCAAACCCAAAGUAGAAAGAAUAAUCGAGGUCCACAUUGAGAAGGGGCACAGCACAGCCGAGCCAACUGAGGUUUUUAUCAGAGAAACUAAGAAACACCCUGAGAUGUACGUCUACAAAUCGGACAGGAGCAUUAAGGAACUGCUCGAUUACGAUGAGAACCAACAGGAAGAGGAGGAGCUGAUUGUCGACGAAUCCUUGCCUCCUUUUUUGGAAACAUCUCGUGUCAACACUCCGGUGUCGCAGGAAGACGACAGUCGACCGAGCUCUGCUCAGCUGAUUGCCGACGAUUCAUACAAAGCCCUGAAACUGCUGAGUCAGCAUUCCAUAGAAUACUGUGACGAUGAGCUAUCGGAGAUCAGAGGCGAGUCUUACAGGUUUGCGGAGAAAAUGCUCCUCUCGGAGAAACUUGAUGUAGCAUCAGCGUGUCACUCAGACUCGGAAGAUUCUGCAAUGAUUGCUGACAAAACCCAAACAUCUGACGAUAAAGGUCCGCAGCAUGCUAGCCCCAAGUCAUCAAAAGACGGUUCUCCAAAACAGGGAACAUUUUUGCACAGAGAUGAACCGUCACAAUUCGAUAAAGUUACAGUUCUCCAUUAUUCCACAGAACAAGGUAGUCCCAAACAUGCCGUUUGGAUGAGAUUUACGGAAGACAAACAUGACAGAAGCAGGGACAAGCUCCUCUAUGAGGACCGGGUGGACCAGUCUGUGAAGGAGGCGGAAGAAAAACUCUGUGAGGUGUCCCGGUUUUUCCGUGACAAAACAGAAAAGCUCAACGAUGAGCUUCAGUCGCCCGAGAAAAAACCUGUCAGACGACAACUCAAAGAACCGAGGUCCUGGCCCACUUCGGCUUGCAGCAGUCCUCAGAAAACCAAGUCAGGCGAGGACGGAGUCUAUAAAAGCAAACUCAGGGAGCCUUCCGUCGGUAGAACAUUCGGCAACGUUCUACCAACAGAAAAGAAAAGCUCUAGCUUGCCAAGCAGUCCCCAGAAAAGCGAUGCGCUUAAACAACAAACUAAGAUCAGUGAAUCCGAACCCUCUUCUCCAACUUCAACAUCCAGAGUCAGCUCAGCCAGGAUCAAGUUUGAAUCCGAGUCUCACAGAAAGGUUCAGUCCGGUCCAACUAAAAUCCCUCCUCCGGUUCAGCCAAAACCUUCAAUGAAGACAUUACAGGAGAGCAAACUCCCGGUUUACCAGUUUUUAGCUGACAGAAAAGCAUCCAAGGUUAGUGAAACUUCACAAGACGACAUCUCCAAAAGUCGGCAAGGCGAUAAAUCUGACAAACCUGAUUUGGUAUCACCUCAGUCCCCAAAACACAGUGAAGGUACGUUGAACAGAAAUAUCCCAAAGCUCCCCCUGCAGAGACAAAGUAGUGCGAUUGAGCCUGAGACAGGGACCGGUAAAGUCAAAGAUCAUGCUCAUGCUGUUGUCACUCAAGACGUUAGCGGUCAUGGUCCCGAGAAAGAAAGCGAUCAUAACAAAUAUCGAGUCGCAGCUGAGGUUUCAAGUAAAAAUGAAGAAGAAAUGACGAAUAAAAAUGGCAGAAAAAAAUCAGACUCUCACAUUCCGGUAAGAACGCCAACCAGUUUCAAUGAUAACGACCUCCCAAAGACACCUGCAGUAACGAAACCGUCACUAAUCCCCACGCUAUCGAAAAGUAAAAACCUUGAGAAAACCUCAGCAAAAACCAAUGAAAACGUCACUUUCGAGAUUCUCGAUAACGCUCCCAAAGAUUCCAACUCCAAUAACUUAGUCACUUCCAGAGACAUUCUGGAGAAGGUCAUCACCGCGCCAACCGCUGCAGCAGCCAAAGACAACUUCAAAGGCAUGAAAACGUUGCCCGUUUACGUCAGCCUCCAGGUGGGGCGGCAGGCUGAGCGGGACACCAAAGGGGGGGCGCUGCAGGCCGUCAAACAGAACCCGCUUCCCAUCAGCCCAGAUGACGACACGCUAGAACAGAUCUCGUUCAUAGAUAGCUCGGGGAAAAGCCCCCUUACGCCCGAGACCCCCAGUUCUGAGGAGGUCAGCUACGACCUCACGUCCAAGACCCCCGAUGGCUUCAUUACUUCAUUACUCACGGGUCAACCCAGCCCCAUCAUGGAGGUCUCUGAGGAAUUAGAAGAUGACCAAAACAGAGACAUUUUCUCUUUUAAAGUUCCCGCGAGCGAAAGCAAAACUCAAGCAGACCUCGCUAAUGCUAACAUGCUAGAAAAUAAAAUGACUGAUAAUUAUCAGAUAUUUGAAAAUAGUUCCAUUCAGAAAGAAAACACAAUCAACGGCUAUGACGAAAAAGCUGGGCAAGAUGUCUCCAAAGACAAAGGGGUGGCGUACAUCGAGUUCCCCCCUCCCCCUCCUUUGGACCUUUCAGAAACAUCCGAUCCGGACAGGAAAGGUUCUUGCGCUUCAUCGGAAACCGAGACCGAAAUGAUGGAAGUCAACUUACAGGAGGAACACGACAAGAAGUUGCUGACUGAGCCAAUAAUACGGAUCCAGCCUCCUUCACCAGUGUCCCCCGAGGGGGGGGACGAUAGUCAGUCCAACGGUGAAGACGAUGACGAAGGGUCAAUCUUUCACCCGAUUCCCAGUAAAAAAUUCCCCUUCAAUGCAACCGGAGAGGAAGAAGAACAACGUAGGAGGGAGAAAUUAAAGAAACAUGACAAGAACGGAAACAAAGAACCAGCGGUUGGAACCAAUGGCUUCAAUGGUUCUAAUGGUUCUAAUGGUUCUAAUGGCAAGGUAGAGGACUACGAAUAUGAACAAAAUGGAAACGACCAGUCAAUAACGGAUUGUUCGCUCGCCACCACAGCUGAAUUCUCCCAUGAUACCGAUGCGACAGAGAUAGACUCCUUAGACGGAUACGAUCUCCAGGACGAGGAUGACGGUAUGUACGAACAAGCUGACUUGAAGUCGCUCGGAACGCCGGAUAGUCGCAGAGACGUCUGGGCGCCCGACACGUUUCGAUCCUUGGAGCGUUCUUUUCCUCAAACAAAACUUGAAGUGAUCGAAGAGGAGAAAACCCCAGAGGAGUGUCACAAGGACCAUCAAGACUUUCCUUCAGAUGGUGAAAAACCGAAUAACUGUCUUGAACAGAAACCCUCACCCAAAGAGGGCUUUUCAGAUACUUACUUUAGUUAUAAAUUAGAAGAGGAGUUCAAUUCUCCUUUUAAGACCGUUGCUACCAAAGGUCUGGACUUUGACCCCUGGCCCAGUAAAGGCAGCGACGAAGACGUCGUCAACAUAGAAGAAACGCAGGAAAGCAACGGCGAACCCAAGCCUUUUGGCCUGGCGGUCGACGACCAGUCUCAGGCCACCACGCCAGACACCACGCCGGCCCGAACGCCAACAGACGAUAGCACGCCGACAAGCGAGCCCAACCCGUUCCCGUUCCACGAGGGGAAGAUGUUUGAGAUGACGCGCAGUGGUGCGAUUGACAUGAGCAAGAGGGACAUGGUGGAGGAGAGGCUCCAGUUUUUUCAGAUCGGUGAGCAUUGCUUCUCAACGGGCAGGUACAGGGUUAGGGAACCUAAGGUAGAUGCCUCCUCACGAGACAGGGGUCAGGAUGCAACCUGUAGUUCUGUAGUUGUCCCUCAUGUUCCUGCGCGGACGGUCUCUGUCCAGAUAGAAAUGUCGAAACCGGUUAGCGGCUUCUGUACAGACGCGAAUGAGCCGACGUUCUCGACGUUUAGAACCGGAACAAUCACAUCUGAUAGCGCUAGUAAUUCUUUAUGUAAUAGCACUUUUGAUAAUGUCACAACUUCGGGUAUAAAUGUAGUAAACUAUGCAAAUUCUAGCGGUCCCUUGGAUACACCAGGAACGAUUGACCGUUUGGGUAGCACUUUCUCCCAAAACCCAAAUAGCCUGACUGCACCUGCACCGACCAACCAACAAUCAUUGAGUAUCAACCCCAACACCAACACCAUUGACCCUCAUUGUGUUCCUUCAGAUGUUAUUCAAGUGAACAGUAGUCGGUCCAACCUGAUAACCAACCUUGACAAUGACGGUAGCGGUCUUCCCAAUGUAGCAAUACCGAGCACAGGACCCAAAGACGUAAAAAAAAUCAUAUCCAAGUCCAGGAUACCAGUGAGAUUCCCCCGAAAUCAACUAUGCAAACGCGUUGACACUGAUAAGUCGCAAGGCAAAGCUAAUAGAUUCCUAAUCGGGACACAUACGUUUAGGGAAAGGCUGGACCCCCCUGAGAAUUUCGUGACUAAAUCUAGAAUCCCAGCAGUGAAAGCCAUGAAACGUUUUAGCCAAACCGAUGCCCGGCCAGGCCGACGUAAAGAUAAGCACUUUGCUAAACGCCAUCAAAAAAGUAGCAACCGCGACACCGCAGAUUGGUCGGUCAAUAGCCAAGUACAGAAUCCUCUGGACCCGACCAUUCCCAACGAGGCCGAGCCUCCCGUUGACGACCGGCAAUGCUCCACAAGCAGGGACACGUUCUCCUCAGAACCAUCUAGACGUUCCUGCCCUUCACUCACCUCCACAUCCACCACAUCAACACCUUCUGCUAGAGCCGCGAGCGCUGAGCUUGAGCAGUCCAGCAGUCAGAGGCUGAGGAGGAGGAGCAGGAGGAAGAGUAGGCCGACACAUGGAGGGGAGGAGCAGAAGGAGGAAGAGAUUAAGGUUGAUCAACCAAUCACGAGUCCCGUCAGCGCUAACACGACUAGCCCCCAGAGUCCCUGUGAGAGGACGGACCUCCGCAUGGCCAUAGUCGCAGACCACCUCGGACUCAGCUGGACUGAGCUGGCCCGAGAGCUGGACUUCUCCGUGGAGGAGAUCAACCUGAUCAGGGUGGAGAACCCAAACUCCCUGACGGCGCAGAGCUUCAUGCUGCUAAAGCGCUGGGUGCACAGGGACGGUAAAAACGCCACAACGGACACUUUAACGGCGGUGCUGAAUAAGAUCAAUCGCUUGGAUAUUGUGACUUUGCUGGAAGGGCCCAUAUUUGACUACGGUAACAUUUCAGGCACGCGCUGCUUUGCCGAUGAUAACGCAGUAUUCCCGGAUCAGUCCGAUGGGUACCACAAUGUAGAACUGGAGCUGCAAACCCCCUCUGACCUGAAGUACACGCCCCCGACCCCGCUGCGCUCCGACCACUUUUUCAGUGAGGGCGACUCCCCCGUAGACUCCCCUAGCCAGGCCGCCCUCGCCAGGCCGAGCGACCUCCUCCUGGAGCCCCCCCUGGUGCGGGUGGAGGACACCAGCCUGACGUCCGGCGAGAGCGGCGUGUCUCGCGAGUGGCCCGACAACGACAGACGGGCGGCGAAGCAGCGAGGGGCCAAGAUUGAGUUUGAGGGGGCUUACGCCGCGGAUAGAGACCGGAACCCGGAGCGGGAAGCUGCCAACGGAAGGAUGGAGGAGACAGAGGAGGAGGAGGAGGAGAUGACCCAGGAGAGGCUGCAGAGUCUCCUGGAGGACAUCAAGCUGGAGGAGGAAGGCUCGGAGGAGGACGAGGAGAUGACGGAGGAGAAGGUGCACGCCAUCCUUCAACAAGUGCGUCAGGCAGAAAAAGAUUUGUCUUCGCUCACAGGCUGGAGGGGCGACGCCGCCAUCACGGACGCCGGCGCCUCUGACCUCGGCCCCGCCUCCGAGGAGGGCAGCCCCGAGAGUCUGGCCGACUCGCUGGAGCAACCGCCGGCUCGCGGGGGCAAGGAUGGCACCGACGCCGCGGGGGAGGGGUCGGGCAAGAGGAGAGGAGCCGAGGAGGGAGGAGGCGACAGAUCGGGCCACAGAGUCCAGUGGGCACAAAAUAUCAUUCAUGAGGAGGAUGAUGAGGAGGAGGAGGAAGUGGAGGAGGAGGAGGUGGACUCCAGCUCUGAGGAGGAGACCACCGUCACCACCAGGGUGUUUCGCAGGCGCCUCAUACUCAAGGGGGAGGAGGCCCGGAACGUUCCCGGAGAGUCCGUGACGGAGGAGCAGUUCACUGACGAGGACGGGAAUCUGGUCACACGAAAAGUAAUCAGAAAGGUGGUUCGUCGUGUGGUGGGCGGCUCAGAGCCGAACCAAAAAGGCGCAGGCGCAGAUGCAGGCGGUGCCACCGUCGCCAUAGCGACAGGUGGCGCCGCAGGAGGGUCAAAGGGCAAGAGGCGGGGAAAGCGGUCUGACAGGCCCAGAAAGCCGGGGAAUGGCAACAACGGCAACAAACCGGGGAGGAAGAGUCACUCGUAACAGCACAACUCCCGACGCUAGCUGGUCUGCUGCCGCGUGGGAAACGGCGGGCGUGACUCAUCGGUGCGCAUGGUUUUUACCGCAAGACAAACUUUUUCAUUUGGCAUGAGCAUGUCCACCACCAGAAGACACUUUCAGGACGGUCGGGAACAACAACAACGGAGACCCACGGACCACACCCACUCACCUUUGAUGGAAGUCAUGUGACCAAACGGUCACAAACCAUGACGACAGACAGAUGAGCGAGACGCCUUACUUGGUCCGUUUUCUCCUGCCGAGCCCACGGAGUCGGGCUGUACCAUGUGGUUCUUUUUUUUUUUUUUUUUUGGAUUUAAUUGUGUGAAACAAUCAGGCGCUUCGUGAGGUGUUUAUGCACCGACGGGAGUUGGAAGCUCUGCACUCGCCACGCUCUUCCCAAAAUCAGACUGAUGUUUUCAACGAGCUGCGUGUGGACUGACUGCAUGCGACACCACUUUGAUUUCGGCUUUCUUUUUCCCGCCAAAUCCAAAGCACUGGAACUUCUGGGAGAGGAUGCCACGCCCCUUCCUUCACAGUAAACUUAGCACAUCUUUGCAAUGAUAAGAAUUCUAACAACAACGCAAAGCUUCAUCCGUGUGCUUCUACAACAUCCUCUCAUUUCCACUCACUGUUGUGUCCAAACGGGACUGUUUUUAAUCAUUUGGAUUGUUUUUAUUUCAUUAACAAGAGAACAGAGAAUCUCAUUUUUACCUGUAUACUCCAAAUGGAAGACUUUUUACUGCUACUUUAACAUAACACUGUUAAAAAUCAGAUUUUCUGUUCCUGUGUGAACCUUUUUAUUUGUUUUUUUUGCAUUCUUAUGAAGCUACUUUAACCUUCCUUGAUGGUACCAACAUGUAUGACACAACCAACAUAGCCUACACUGGAUGAUCCAAGACCUUAUUUAAACAGGAAAAAAAUAAAUGAUGUUUAAACUGAA